AUGGUGCGCCUGGCGGCCGAGUUGCUGCUGCUGCUGGGGCUGCUGCUGCUCACGCUACACAUCACAGUGCUGCGCGGUUCGGGAGCGGCGGACGAGCUCGACACUGCUGCGGGCAAAGCCAACCGGACCCAGCUGCAGAAUAACCUCAACGUGGAAAGUGACUCAACAUCAGAGACCAGCUUUCCUCUCUCCAAGGAAGCACCAGGCGAGCAUUUGGACCACCAGGCUGCACAGCAACCCUUCCCCAGACAGCAAUUUCAUCAAGAAGCUGGACACCCCUCACUGCAAAGAGAUGGCCCCAGGUCCUUUCUCUUAGACCUGCCAAACUUUCCAGAUCUUUCCAAAGCUGAUAUCAAUGGGCAGAAUCCAAAUAUCCAGGUCACCAUAGAGGUGGUGGAUGGCCCUGACUCUGAAGCAGAUAAAGAUCAGCAUCCGGAGAAUAAACCCAGCUGGUCAGUCCCAUCCCCCGACUGGCGGGCCUGGUGGCAGAGGUCCUUGUCCUUGGCGAGGGCCAACAGCGGGGACCAGGACUACAAGUACGACAGUACCUCCGAUGACAGCAACUUCCUCAACCCCCCCAGGGGGUGGGACCGUCCAGCCCCAGGUCACCGAACUUUUGAAACCAAAGAGCAGCCAGAAUAUGAUUCCACAGAUGGCGAGGGAGACUGGAGUAUCUGGUCUGUCUGCAGUGUUACCUGUGGGAACGGCAACCAGAAAAGGACCAGGUCUUGUGGCUACGCCUGCACUGCUACGGAAUCUAGGACAUGUGACCGUCCAAACUGCCCAGGCAUUGAAGACACCUUCAGGACAGCUGCCACAGAAGUGAGUCUGCUUGCGGGAAAUGAGGAGUUCAAUGCCACCAAACUAUUUGAAGUUGACACGGACAGCUGUGAGCGAUGGAUGAGCUGCAAAAGCGAGUUCUUAAAGAAGUACAUGCACAAGGUGAUCAAUGACCUGCCCAGCUGCCCGUGCUCCUACCCCACCGAGGUGGCCUACAGCACGGCGGACAUCUUUGACCGCACCAAGCGCAAGGACUUCCGAUGGAAGGACGCCAGUGGGCCCAAGGAGAAACUGGAGAUCUACAAACCCACAGCCCGGUACUGCAUUCGCUCCAUGCUGUCCCUAGAAAGCACUACUCUGGCUGCCCAGCACUGUUGCUAUGGCGACAACAUGCAGCUCAUCACCAGGGGCAAAGGGGCGGGGACACCCAACCUCAUUAGCACGGAGUUCUCAGCAGAGCUUCACUACAAAGUAGACGUCCUGCCCUGGAUUAUCUGUAAGGGCGACUGGAGCAGGUAUAAUGAGGCCCGUCCUCCCAACAAUGGACAGAAGUGCACCGAAAGUCCCUCGGAUGAAGAUUACAUCAGGCAGUUCCAAGAAGCCAGGGAGUAUUAAAGAGGGGCCACCCCUAGCAUCUGUGACACGAGGCACUGCACUGAUGGGCCACUUGAGCAGACCCCCCUCUUCUCCGCACGUGUACAUUUGUACAUACCAUAUGAUUAUUUUCAUAAAUUACACUAAGGCUGUGUGCAGGCGCAGGUGACUGCCCUCUGAAGCCUACAGACCCUUGCCAUCUACAGUGCCUACAGACCGCGGAAGUCUUCCAAGGGAGGAUGUCCACGGGAGGAUGAGGACAAAGACGUGGCAGAACCUGGAAUUAUAGUGGGUGGGAUUCAAUUCACAUCCAAAUGUGGUGUUUCCCAGAGAAGCAAACGGGGAAAGAGACUGAAGUUGUAAACGUUAUAAGCAAUUUUUAUAUAUAACUUAUUUAAUAUGAAUGUGACUUACGCAUAACCUUUUCUCUGGAGUUGUCAUGAUGAAACUAUUUAAUCACUUCUGUGAGAAUUCAGAAAGAGGCUUUGGGAGGGGGAAGAGAAAGGGAAUGUAAAGAUUUCUUUAAAAAUAAAUACUUCAAUGGAAAUGUAUCAAAAUAAGAAAAUGCCCACCUUAAACCAAAUGUUAUUUAGUUGUGGGGCAUCUUGCUGAAAUCUCAGCUUCUGAAAUGGGGAAUGGGGAAAUGAAUGUUUUAGGGCAAAUCUGAAGCCUGGCUUUAAAUAGGCUUUCAGAUAAUUGCCAUUAUUAGUGUAAAGCUAUGAUUCUACUAAAAGGCCCAGGGUGGCAGAGUUUCUGCUCACAGCUUAGUGGGCUUAGAAAGCUGCAGGAAGGGUUGGCAUGAAAACAGGGAAUAGCACUUUUCCAAAGAAAAAUGCAAAACAAGUAAGAUGAGUACAUGAACCUCAUUUCUUCUAUUUUAUUGUAUAUCCUCUUAGUCAUUUUUUUUUCGCCACUAAUACAUUCUCAGUAAAUAAAUAUAAAAUGGAGAGAGGGACUCAAGUCUAGGAAAUCCUAAUUUUUUAUGUUCUAAGAAAGGAAAAAGACUACAUUAUUUUUGUAAAGUAUUUAUUGAGUCAUUGAGUCAGAGCAUUGAGCAAUUGUAAUAUGACCUGGUUCUGUAGGGUGGAACUUAGUAUAAAUAAAGUGUUGGUUCUUCUGCAGGCUUUACUUGCAAACUCCAGGAAGAGAA